UCACCAUAUUUAGUUCAUUUAGAAUGGUAAAAAUCUUGCACCUUUAUCACUUAUUCUAACCAUUCCUUUCUUCAUUCUCAUUUCUCUGAAAACAGAACCAAAUUGGCCUUUCUUUCCUUUCACACAUUUUCUCAGUAGCUUCACAAACAAAAUGUCUGGUGGUGUUGGUCCAACCGGUUCUGACAUUAGAUUACCAAGAGAGGAACAAGUUGAUCACAAAGAAGAACAUGGACUUCACAAAACCAUCACCACACCAAGAAAACCAAGUUUCCCGUCUUUCCGCCAUCUCAAUUGCUUGGCCGUGGUCAUUGUGCUGUCUGCAAGUGGCAUGAUUUGUCCUCAAGACUUUGCUUUUGUAGCAUUCUCCAUAGUCUACGUGUUGCUCCUGUCAAAAGUGGCUUUUCCAUCUCUUCACCCAUCAAAAGACACCCCAGUUUUCAACCCACAAAACAAAAUGUUUGCCCUUUAUAUAUUUGUAGCGGCCAUCAUUGGACUUUUUGCCCCAAUUGCCUAUAUCUUAGACGGAAUAUUUGAGGGUGACAAAGAAGGGAUCAAGGCAGCAGCACCCCAUGUUUUUCUCUUGGCCAGCCAAGUUUUCAUGGAAGGGGUGACAUACUAUGGCGGGUUCUCAAUUCCGAUUAGGGCUUUUGUGCCUAUCUUCUACAAUUCAAGGCGGAUUUUCACGAUUGUGGAUUGGCUGAGGAGUGAGAUCAACAAGGUUAACGAAGAACACAGUGGGUCUGCAAGGAGAAUCUAUGUGGGGAGAGUGCUUGCUGUGGCUAACAUGGCCUUCUGGUGUUACAAUUUGUUUGGAUUUCUGUUGCCUGUUUAUCUUCCUAGGGUUUUCAAGUUGUAUUACUCUCCUCCUAAAGACAAGGACUGAUCAAGGACAACACAACAAGGAUGUUUGCAUUUGUUUGUUAAUGUUUAUUAUGUAAUUUUAGUUUCUUCAACCUUAAUUUCCUGUUGCUUAGUUUGUCAUAGUAUUUCCUUAAUGAAUGUACUUGUACAUAACAAGUGUUGUUGUUUUUACUUCAUAAACCAAACACUGAUGAUAAGUGACUGCUGUUAAAUAAAUGUUAUAAGUCUUUUG